AUGGCUCGCUUCAGCAUCUUCUCGCUAACCAUCUUCAUGGUCCUCGCUGCUAUCGCUCUAUCCCUGCCUACCAAGCGCGAUUCCACUCAGGCUCUUACCCUUGAAAAUGCGUUCGCUGGCCUAAAGACUGCCACGCAAUCACUGGAGGGUCUGGGUGACAAGAAGGACACCAAUGACAAGGAGAACGAGGACCACAAGGCUGAGCAGGCCGCCGAGGCUGCCAUUCAAGCAGCCAAGCACGACAAUGACAAUGACUCGGCUGCUGGUGACGAGGAAGCUGAUGCCACGAAUGACCAGCCUACUCGUACACAGAAGAAGCCCAGCUCUGGCGACUUUGUUACCCCCACCGCUACCCACACUCACCACCCUACUUCCCAGCCCAAUGCUUCGGGUAAGAUUCCCAUCGUCGGUGGCCUCCUCGGCGGUACUGGUGGUGCUUUGUAA